UCCUUAAGUGGCCGUAUCAAAAUGUAUGUAAAGAAAGACUUACCUCUCGACACACUUUGUCUGAUAAAUGUACACCUCCUGACUUUCUAAACAGUGGUGGACUGCCUGCUGCUUGUUUUGAGGACGUUUUAGAUCGUUAAAGUUUCUGAGGGCGUAUCAUCCCAGCAGCGCACCGGAUGCACCAUCUGGUGGUGGCUAGCUUCAUUUUUUUCCUCUCAGGGGUGGUGGCCGCUGUUUUGCUUCAUAGCUUCCCGAUCAGCCCACGAAAGCAUGGGAAUGUAGCAAGUGGAUUUCUGAGUAAACUUAUGUUAAAGUGCUAGAUAAGUUACUGUAAGUUCCCUACAAGCUCUUCCACACCUCAGGAGCUCCGUUGUACCACAGAAGGCCGUUAGCGAAGCGCUGUUUGGGCGUUUCACCAGCGAGUAUUCCCGGACAAAGGAAAAGAGACUUGUGAGCUAACGUUAGCUGGCUCCCGGGCUAACUUAGCAUUCCUCUAGCUGCGGCGCAAUGCAGGCCAUAAAGUGUGUCGUUGUCGGAGAUGGAGCUGUGGGUAAAACAUGCCUGCUCAUCAGCUACACCACCAAUGCCUUUCCAGGAGAGUACAUCCCCACAGUGUUCGACAACUACUCUGCCAAUGUUAUGGUUGACGGGAAGCCGGUGAACUUGGGCCUUUGGGAUACAGCAGGACAAGAAGAUUACGACAGACUCCGCCCACUUUCCUACCCACAGACGGAUGUGUUUCUCAUCUGCUUUUCGCUUGUGAGUCCCGCCUCAUUCGAAAACGUCCGUGCCAAGUGGUACCCUGAGGUGAGACAUCAUUGUCCCAACACUCCCAUCAUCUUGGUGGGUACCAAGCUGGAUCUGAGAGAUGACAAGGACACCAUAGAGAAGCUGAAGGAGAAGAAACUCGCUCCAAUUACAUAUCCCCAAGGACUGGCGAUGGCCAAAGAGAUCGGUUCUGUCAAGUAUCUGGAGUGCUCAGCCCUGACUCAACGUGGCCUUAAAACUGUGUUCGACGAGGCCAUCCGGGCCGUCCUCUGCCCUCCACCGGUGAAGAAGAAUCGCAGGAAGUGCUCUCUCCUCUAAGACUUCCUCUACUGGAACGGUUACAGGGGAACAUGGCCGCUAGUGGUGAGGGGUGGCUAAAAACACAGAAGAAACACACCAGUAUACACACGCAAAACAAUGUACUUCAGAUUCUUUCCUUCCAUAAGUGUAGCUACAGCGGUAAUACCAACCGUUUCCAUGAAAAAAAGUUGACCUAGGGUCAGAUUUCGGAAAAGGGGUUAGAAGAUUAUAGACCCGAGCUCUUUCCCAACAACAUACUGUAUAGACAAGAGGCCUUCUAAAAUGGAUUGGAUGUUUUGUAAAAAAAAUAAAUGGACCGUGGAAUGUUUUCAAUUUGUUCCUCCACUUGUUGUCCACCUUUUUUUGUUUACAGUCUUGGUUGUUUGUUUUGAGUGGAAGAAAUAUUGCCAAAUACAUUGUGCAGUUGUGCUGUAUUUUAACAGGAAAAAAAACACCCAUCGUCCUAUUGUCUCAAACCUUCACACAACCUUUGCUCUUGUGUGCUGCUCUUUGCUCAGCACCAUAAUCAAAGGCGUUAUAUUCACUUUGUGAGUGCGGUCACACAUCAGCGCUCUGUCAACAAGGAACUUGAAGUAACCAUCUGUGAAGUUCUUUUUGCCUCAAAUUACUGUUUGUGCACCAUAAAUCUCUCACCAAGUUAGCUAGUUUUCAGUCCUAGCACAUGAUUCAUGUAAAUCCAUUCUUGUAAAAUGAACGACGCCUGAGACGUACUGAAAAUUCAAACUGGGAACAGAUCUUCUGACACCAACUGUGCUAUUAUACCCUGAUAAAUCUAAAUGAUCCAGUAUUUUAUGUGUUUGGCUCCAAUCGGACCGGUCAAGUUUAUGGUAUUUUUUUCUUUCCUCUUUUGCAAUAUUCCCUAGAAGUGUCUCAACUGUGUAGCUGCCCAGGAGUGCAACGCUGAAAACUUUAUUAGAUAUUGGAUUACAACUGUUUUGGUGGCGGGGAACAAGAGCACCUUUAAUGCUCUGCGGGCAUUUAUCAGAAACCUUCUGUGCAGCGUAUUUGUUUCUUAAUAACAGCAUCACUACUGGCUAAGCAAUGUCACUAAGAAGAGCAUUUAUGCCUGCUAAUAACAGUAACAAUGCUACUGUCGGUUAUGGUGUAGUAUACAGUGUACUCAUCUUUUUGUUAUAAUCAUGUGAUUUGACUGUUUUGUAUCUUUCUUCACAAAAGUUACACUUCACUCACUGUAUUGUUAAACUAACACUAUGAAUAUCCUUUUGUUUAUUACCUCUUCAGUUAACGCUACCUUAAUCUCCCUACAAGCCUAGCUUUUUGUAAUUAAUGCUGAUAGCUUGUAUGUGCAACAUAUACUGAAAACUAAGAUUAGAAUUGCAACAGUUAUAUUUUUUGCCUAUUUACAAAAUGUAUUUGAACUACUAGAUCAGGGGUUAGGUACAUGUUGCUCAUCUGUAUUGUAUUCAGACAUCAAGCUGUGGUAUAAUUCAAGCCAAUGUUGUGACUCUUUAGUUUUAUGGAUAAAAGCUAUUGUCACUUUUUGAAAAAGCCAAUAAAUUCAAGUAAAACAGA